AUGGCGGACAACAAGCAGGACCUCGGAGCCACCUGGAGAGAGGAGUGGGCUUCGGCGCAGAAGAUCAAGGGCCCAACGAUGCAGAAUAGCUCGGUCUUCUACCGCAACAUUGAAGAAGAGCUGGACUUAUCUCGUCAAGUCGGCCUGGCGUUUCCACUUCACACGCCGUCUCAUGUGGUUGAUUUCUCUUCCCUGGACGUGCUCGGCAUGGGCGCCACCGGCAUCCUGAGAGAGGAGUUCAUGAGAGAGCUCGAAGCGAACCCCGGAGUCCAGAUCGGAGCAGGCGGAUCGCGACUUCUGGACGGUUCUUCACCCUACCAGGCCAUGUUCGAGAAGGAACUGGCCGAACUCAUGGGAGUCGAAUCCGCGCUCAUGGUCCAUUCCGGGUGGACGGCGAACCAGGCCAUCUUCUCGACAGUCCCUCGGUCGGGCGACGCCAUAGUGUACGACGAGCUGAUGCACGCCACCGCACUUUCGGGUAUGAAGGUCAGCCUGGCGCUGGAUCAGAGACCUUUCCGCCACAACGACGUCGAUCAUUUCAUCGAAGUCAUGGAGGCAGUCAAAGAAGCAUCCCCUCUCAUCAAGGCGGGCAAGCGUUGCGUCAUCGUGGGCGUCGAGAGCUACUACAGUAUGGACGGCGACAUUUGCCCACUGAAGGAACUGAUCGAGGCCGCCAAAGAGAUUUUCCCGCAGGGAAACGCACAGUUCGUCGUUGACGAGGCCCACAGUUUCGCCGUCUGCGGCCCAGAGGGAUUGGGAUUCGUUCGGGAACUUGGCCUUGACGAUGAAGUUGCUAUUAAGAUGGUCACCUUUGGCAAAGCCUUGUCUGGAUCUGGUGCGAUGAUUUUGUCAAACAACACCAUCCGAUCACUCCUCACCAACCAGGCCAAGGUCUUCAUCUGCUCCGUUGCGCCUCCAUUCACUCUGCUUGCAGCCUGUAGGGCAGGUCUCCGACUGAGUCGCACUCCGCUGGUGCAAGAGGCUCGCGAUCGGCUGCGAGAGCUGACUCUCCUUUACUUGGACACGCUCACCUCUCACCCCGUCUACAAAAAGGCCCACAAGAAAGGAUUAGUCGACAUGCCGGUCCACGAGGAUGGAAGCUGGCACGAGAUACCCAUCACCCACAUCGUUCCUCUCUGGACACCCCGCCCGAAACACGCUCUGUACCUUUCCCUCCAUCUCACUAGAGACGGCAUCAACGGUUGCAACAUCGUCUUUCCCAUCGUGGGUAAGGGGGAAGAUAGGGUGCGGCUUCUGAUUCAUGCCCACAACACGAAGGACGACGUGAUGAAGUUGGUCAACUCGAUCACGACCUGGGCGACGGAAAUGUUGGAGAUUGAGGCGAGCGGUGACAAGAAUCGACUCCCGGGUGCUGCUCGCCUCGCUUUCGACCUGAUCUGGAGAGAUAGACAGGCCAGCAAUGGCACUAACGGAGCGGCCACCAUCAACGGAGUCGAGAUGGCCGAUCUCCUUAGCGGCAGCAACGUCAUCCACAAGGCUCCUUUGGUUAGUGGGGUUGGUCGAUUAGGAGCCGCUCCUGUUGGCAUCACUGCUGAGGUUUAA